AUUUCAAAUAUUGUUGGUAUAUAUUGUGUUUCCAACGGAAAAUUCAUUCGUAUAGAUGGAUAUAUGUUAUCAGGUGCUUUCAGUUCUAUAUCUAAAAUAUCAAGAAUAAAAUGUGCAGACAUGUGUCUCCAGACAUCUUGUUUGUCUAUCAACUACCACAGCCAGAAUGAGGAGUGUCAACUGAAUACAGACUCCCCCUACACCAACCCGGUGAUAGUACAGGAAGUACAAGACUGGGCAAUCUACUUCCUACAGAAAGACAAUGAUUGGGAGAUGGUUUUCAGGGCCAUGUCUAACAAUGGCCUUAGAACCGCAGACGCUUGGAUGGGUACGCCGCCUCCACCGACUCCAGUAGAGGAGGGAUGUCGUCUGCUUACAACAUCAUCCACGUGUACGUCCAUAUAUAGAAGCGAACACCUGAAUACGUGGAAUUCGGAAAACAUUUCUGAGGUUAAGCUAGAACUCUACAAAGCCGGUGUCAGAGUGGUAAACAUCCGCUUUGAUGGUAAAGGAUCGAAUUAUAUCGACUGGUUUGGGACCAACAGAUUGAUAGACAGUGGCUGGAAGACCAUGUCUAAAAGUCGCCUAUUCGAGCACUUCUCAAUCUAUGGGUUUUGUUGGAGGAAGUUUUACAUCAAUCAGAGCUUUGGGGGUUGCAGUAACGAUCAGGGAUGGAUGGUAGUGAUAGAUGUUAACUUAGAAUCUUGUAGUUGUCGUUAUGAUAUCCAAUCUGACAGACCUGCAUUCCUGUUCGCUCCAGGCGAGGAUAUCACACGAUGGAAUAAUCACAAUUAUGACAGAGCAGACGUGUUAGCAAUAUUUAUCAAACGCUGA